CGAAGGCCUCAACAUGUUGUUAAUAGUCUGAGGAGGAAGGUCUGGAAUCAUGCCUGAUUCAGGGACGUGUUUUUCCACUGAAACUGAUCUGUUCCUCAGUCUUAGUAAACGGUAUAAACAGAUAUAUUUGUGUGUUUGGAGUCACAGUUUUCAAAAAGAGGACAAGUGAAAGAUUUUCUCAUCACAUUUUUUAGAUGCUUGGAUUUAAGACUCAGUUGUCAUUGUUAGACCCACAAGAGAUUUGAACUCACCUCUGACAUACUGAGGGGGACACUAUUUUUUAAGUUAGGGAAACACAGAACAGCUGAGCAGUUUUCCACAGUGAGUUGGAGAUGUUUGAGUUGUGGUAAACAGCGUGAGAUCGGCUGCUGUUGUAGGAUCAGUAACACUGCGGGCGGUGCAGAUAGUUUGUCCCAGUGACCGCAGCGUUUUUAUAGUUCGCCUCAGCAGUCGCCGACAGUUGACGAAGUCAGGCGAAGUCGAACUCGAAUGCGGCUUGCUCAAGUUUCUCCGACGUCAUUUAAACGUAAUCAACGAUAACCUCAUGAGAUAACAGCGGCAGCUUCUCUGCAACUUGAUUUUGAUUUAACUGGACAGAUUCUGGUUCCAUCAGUUGGAUUUUACAGGAUGUCAUGUGAUUGUCCUCGUUCCCUUUUCAGGCGAGGCGCAGUGAAUCUGGACCGAGCUCCACCUUUUUAUUUCCAUUAGGAAAAAGUAUUGGAGAACAGAAUCAUCUCCGUCUUUAACCCGUCCGUUCUCAUCAAACCAAGAUGAAAAAGUUCUUUUUGUUGCUUCUUUUCUGUCACGUUUCAUCAUCAGUCAAACACUCCCUGAAGUAUUUCCUCACUGCAUCUUCUGGAAUCCCAGACUUCCCAGAGUUUAUGGGUUGGGGACUCCUCGAUGACACUCUGGCGGGUUACUGUGACACCAACAUAAAGAGAGUAGAACCAAAACAGGACUGGGUGAAAACCUAUUUCGAUAAGGACCCUCAGCAACUGGAAUGGUACACCACAGAGUGUACCAAGAUUUUGCCUAAGGCCUUCAAAACCAGGAUUUCUAGUUCGAUGCAGCAGUUUAACCAAAGUGGAGGUGUCCACAUUUUACAGAGGAUAAAUGGCUGUGAAUGGGAUGAAGAGACUGGAAAUGUUUUUGGUUUCAUGCAGUAUGGUUAUGAUGGAGAGGAUUUCCUGUCACUGGACCUGAAGACAGAGACAUGGAUGGCUCUGAAACCACAGGCUAACAUCAUCAAACUGAGAUGGGAUGCUGACAAAUUGAGAAUGAAACAUUAUGAGAACUUCUUUUCUCAAAUUUGUCCUGAGUGGCUGAAGAAGUAUGUGGACCAUGGGAGGAGCUCUCUGCUGAGAACAGAGCGUCCCUCAGUGUCUCUCCUCCAGAAGACUCCCUCCUCUCCAGUCAGCUGCCACGCUACAGGUUUCUACCCUGACAGAGCCAUGAUGUUCUGGAGGAAAGAUGGAGAGGAGCUUGAUGAGGACGUGGACCGAGGAGAGAUCCUCCCCAACCAUGAUGGAACCUUCCAGAUGAGAGCUGACCUGAACAUUUCAUCAGUCUCACCUGAAGACUGGAGGAGGUACGACUGUGUGUUUCAGUUCUCUGGUGUGAAGGAGGACAUCAUCAAAAGACUGGACGAAGCAGAGAUCAGGACCAACAGGGAUCACCCCCGAGCCACCCUGCUCCCAACAGUGAAGCUCACUGACAUGAAGGUCCCCGUUAUUGUUCCUGUGAUUGGUGUUGCUCUGGUUCUCAUCAUUGUUACUGGAUUCAUGGCUUAUAAAAAGUGGAAAGCCAAUCGCCCUCCAUCUCCUCUGGAAAACGGCACUGACCUCUCCACCAAACUGGAUCCUGAAGCCUGACUGUCAGAUUUGCUCAGUGAGUUACUUCAUAUACUGUGAGCCAGACCCCCAUAUGACUUUAGAGGUUUAGCUGACACAGGAGCCGUGGUGCACUGUUCAUCUGUGCAGCAUUGAUGCACAAACAGUGCAGACAGAGUCUACAUGGAAGAGUCAUCAGAAGGGAACUCUACCUGCAAGAUCAUCCCAAAGUCAGAGUCUGAAGUCUGCAAAGCAGAAUUUGGAUGAGCCAGAGACAUUUUGGAAACAGGUACUGUUGACUCAGGUUACCCAGCAGAUGUGCAACUUAAAGUUUUCUUGGUCUUCCAGAUCUUGUCUUGACUUCCACAGUUCCCUUUAACAGUGAUGGUGGUUGUAUUACUGAGCAGGCCAAAGCAUUCACAUGAAGCUGCCUGUUAAGACAGGUGGACCAGCCAAAGUGGUUUAACGUAAGCAGAUGUAAUGUGGCAAUGCAGUCUGCAGAGUAUGUGUUCUUUGCUUCAGUGCGAGCAGUAUUUAAUGCCAGCUUAAAGGAACGUUAGGUCAGUGUUAGAGGACGGUGUGACCUGUCAGAGGACCCAGUAGAUUUACACAGCCUGAUACUCAUCAGGGCCUAAUGACAGCUCAAACAUCAUUUACAGUGACAUGAACACUGGGCUUCCAUAGAAAUACUUCCCCGUUUGGCACAUUUUACUAAUUUUUACUGAUAUUAUACUAAGUCCACGUGAUUAUCUGGACUAGUGUUGCCGUAACAUCAAUAUAAAAUAGUGUUACUCUAGGCAAAUGUGCCUAUAUUUUGGGUCUUUUUUUGUCAAUGUUUUGAGAUGUGCAACUGUAAAUGUAUUGUCAUUGUUAUAUCAGUAUAUAAGGGUAAGGGAAAUUUCUUACCUGGUGUGCAAACAAACACAUCAGGAAACAUGAUUUACCUGUUAAAACACCUCAAAUAUUCUGUUUGUAUAUUUCUUUUAAAUUAUGGUAAUGGUUUUGAUGGAACCUCAAUAACACAAGCAUUAAAAACAUUUGUGUUUCUUUUUGUGCCAAAUGUUUCAUUAACAUAUUUAGAACCAUUACUGUAAAAAUAAAAUUACCUUCUGCCUCAAACUUCUCAGAUAUCAAACUUUGUUUAACUUUUGGACUGUGACUUCCUGGACUCAUUAAUCUUUAACUACACUUUUGAAAGAAAGCAACACAGAACUGGUUAAAGUUUUGCAGUUCCCUUAAUUAUUGUAGGAGCAGGAGCAAAAUUAAAGCAAACACAUGAAGGUUAUAAAAACGAGGCAAGUUACACAGGAAAAAAACUGCCAAUGUUGACAAAUCAAAAUAAGAAUAAUAUCGUCAAGAGAAUGUAGAGGUGACUACCUGUCAAAAUCCCUGCAUGGGAUUUAAACUGAGUACCCCUGCAGUUUUCGCUGAGAACUAUGCAUGCAUGUAGUUUUGCUUGACAUGAUGUGGAAGACAUGCAUUUAAUCUAAAAGGGAGGACAACAUUUGAUGCAAUCUCUGUAUUCCCAUGUCAGAGAACACUGCUGACUUCUUUAGUGUUCUUUAUCAAAACAAUGGGACACUAUGAAUUCUCUCUUGUAUGUUAAGUCAUAAACCAUGUUACAGUGCAUCACUGUUACAUACAAUAUACAUAUGUACUGGUAACUGGUUUUAAUAUUGUGACUGAUCAGUGUAUGUCUGUGUAUGUAAUGUGUAAAUAAUGUAAAUGCAAAUUUUGAUAUUAUAUGUUUGAUUUGACACUGUAAGAUUUUAUUAUGUGAACAGAAAACAUGUUGACUGAUUUUUAUUAUUCAUAGUCCAAAAACAUUCCACUAUUAGAUUCUCAUAAAGUACAUACAAAUUAUCAUAAGCUACAUUAUGAACACUACUGAUUUAAGUAUUUAAGAAUUAAACAACUCAAUACUUUUUUUCUUGGGAAGUGGGGAUUCUUCAAAUAACAUCUUAGAAGCUGUGAAACUCUAAACUCUAAAAUCUGACCAGCGUCUCAUAUUUCUAUCCUUUCCUUGUGUAUUUUCGAUUUCAUGCUGUGAAUUUGUUAAUGUAGUUUGAGAGGGGCAGCUCCCACAUCAAAGUUAAACUGUAA